ACGGGCCGUGCCGCGCGCGCGCGUCCACCCGCCCGCAUACCAUUAGAUUUUCGUGCUUUUCAAUGGGCGCGAGUAACCGGCCGCGGCACGACGCGCCGACGACGUGAGUGCCGUACGAACGGACGUCGCGUCCACCCGGGGUGACAGAGCGCGCGGUGACGGCGGGCGGGCAAAAACUGCCGCGGCGUGAAACUCGCGUGUUUUUCGCAGGUGCGGCGCACAGUGCGGGGCUACGCGGAGCGAACGUCGUCGGGAGCGACGAGCCGCGGAGCGCCUGAUUUUGCAUCGUGGAAGCGCAGACGGGCCAAGGACGACGUUCCUUUGCCAGAAAAACGACAACGAGGAAGGGGUAUCUUUUGUGAAAAGAAGAUUGAGGAUCCACGAAGCAUUUGUAAGGGUGCGCGCGAAUAUUCGCGCGAGGGUGGUACGCGAGGAGAGGAGAGUAGAGGAAAAAAGAGUUAAAGAAAGUUCGAAACGGACGGAACGAACGAAAGAAGUAUGUCUGCCGUCGAGAGUGCCUUGGACGUCCUUUCCAGAGCAGCGACAAUGAUGCAAGAGGAGAGAUCGAAGGUGACGAAUCUGCAUCGAAAGCCAAGCAGCGCCUGGCGUAAGGACCGUAGGAGAGACCCGAUUCAGAGCGAAGCAUUGGACAUGUCAAGAACAACUCAUCACCACAACAGACCGAGCGUGAUCGUUCCUCCUACCACGCAAGUUGGUAUCACAAUCGAGGACUCUGCUAUGACAUCGACGACGUCUACUACAGCCUCGGGUGGACAGAGGACCAUUAUCAGGACAACGGGUGGCGUUAGUGAUCCCGCGAUCGAUGAGCAUUUCAAGCGGUCUCUAGGUCCGAAAAACUACGCGGCCGUCUUCAAUGCCACUACUACGGACAAAGAAACUGGCCUAAGUGUUGACGAUCACUUCGCGAAAGCACUCGGCGAAACCUGGACAAGGCUUCAGGCAAUCAAUCGAACUAAGGAGUCCACCUAACCACCGGAUAAACUUGCCAGAAAUCUUGUCAUCCUCGCCAUCGUCCUCGCCGUUGUCCUUAUCGUCGCUUGACGAUUGUGGUAACCCAAUCGGGUGAAAUCGUUCCGCUAAAUAUACAUUAAUGAUAAGUCGUAAUCAAUAAGAAUUAGCAGAAUUCGCGGCUAUAUUCGAGGAACCUGCGUCCAAGUAAAACCAUAAUUAAAGAAUAAAUAAAGGAAAUAAAUACACACGUCAGGAUACUAUUUUAUAAAUAUGCAAAAUCUUCUAGAUUUUUGUAUUGAUUUCGACAUUUCGGGAAAAAGGAUAUAAGUAAACAGCAGUUCAAACAUGAUAGACGAAAAAAUUAUUAACAAGGGAACUUUCUCGAAUGUCACUCUAAUAUCGGAAUGAAACUCCGAUUUGGUUUUUUGCCUGUAUCAGUAAAGUAUCCAUGCUUCUGAGAAAAUCUCUGAUCUCAACCGUUUAGAAAUAUUAUGGUAGAAAAAAAUGACUUCUUCACGAUCAAAAUUCGCUAAUAAAGUACUGUCCAAAAUGUUCG